UGAUGGACACACAGAGGCUCACUUGCUUUCUCUUUCACGGCCCUAUAUCCUGUCUUUUCUGGACAGGACACUGGUUGUUUUGUGGACUUUCUUUGCCUUUUUGUCUUAAUCUUCUUUCCCCUCGCCCUUUUGGAUCUUGUGUUUUUCCUGUUGGGAUUUCUUCCUCUAUUUUCCUCCCCGGUCUAAUUUCCUGCUCUCCUGUGAGCGUAUCAAUUUUUUCUUUUUCCCAACUCUCCUUCUUCUUUUUUCCAAUCUUCCACUGUUCCCUGUCUAAUUGUGCGUGGUUUUUGUGCCAUGCUCUCCUCACCCACUGUGAUUCUCCAGCCCUAUGGACUUCCUGUCUACCCACAGACAACCACAUGCUACCCCAGCCUAGUUCAGGGAGGCCCCGCUCAGGAGGCCGGCCCCGGCAGUGGGGACCCCUCCCUGCCUCAGGUCUAUGCCCCUCCUCCAUCAUACCCCCCACCAGGUCAGGGUCCACCCACAUCUGCCGGCAGACUGCAACCUCUUGACUUCACCUCUGCACACCCCAGCUCAGAGUACCCCGAACACCCCCAGCUCAGAAUCUAUCAGGGGCCCCAGCUCGAGGGGGCCGAGGCUCUGACGACCAGUAACUUGGAGGAUGGUUUGGUCCCUGUGACCUCUGACCCCCAGUCUCUCAGCCUGUCGGUGUCAUCAGGGGGCGGGGCAGGGAGUGGAAGUGAUGAGGAGGGGUCCAAUAAGGCCCAACCCAAACGCCUCCACGUCUCAAACAUCCCAUUCCGCUUCAGAGACCCGGACCUCCGCCAGAUGUUUGGGCAAUUUGGCAAGAUCCUUGAUGUAGAAAUUAUCUUCAAUGAGAGGGGGUCCAAGGGCUUUGGCUUCGUCACCUUUGAGAGUGCAAGUGAGGCUGACCGAGCAAGAGAAAAGCUGAAUGGGACGAUUGUGGAGGGGAGGAAGAUUGAGGUCAAUAAUGCCACUGCGAGAGUAGUAACCAAGAAGCCCCAGACACCGCUUGUAAACAGUGACAUUUCAACUUCUGGAUGGAAGAUCAACCCCGUCAUGGGGACGAUGUACGCACCUGAACUCUAUACAGUUGCCAGUUUCCCGUACCCUGUAGCAGCUCCUACUUUGGCUUACCGAGGCUCUGCACUGCGGGGGGGCCGAGGCCGCGCCGUCUACAACACCAUCCGCUCCGCUGCCGCCGCACCUACUGCCGUACCCGGCUACCCGGGGAUGGUGUAUCAGGAUGGUCUGUAUGGAGCAGAAGUCUAUGGUGGCUAUCCUGCAGCUUACAGAGUGGCUCAAUCACCGUCUGCUGCCACAGCAACCUACAGUGACGGAUACGGACGUGUUUACACGACAUCUGCGGACCCCUAUCACCACUCAGUCGGACCAACAACAACAUAUGGCGUUGGUACAAUGGCCAGUUUGUACAGAGGAGGAUAUAACCGCUUCACCCCGUACUGAGCCCCCCCCCCCACACACACACACACACACACACACACACACAUACACACGUGUCUUUGACUCUGGGAUUGGCUGAUCCAUGGACGCUGCAGGACAGAUUAUGAGAUCCUUGGAAAACGUGGACAUGUUUUUACUUCCUGCUUUCAUCACAACCUCUCCUCGAGAGACUAAACAGACUGAAGUUGUAAAUAGUGUAGCACCCAUUUACUGUCCUUUCUACUGAUGAAUACUUCUGGAAGGGGAUGUUAUUUAAUAUAAAGACAGUUGUUAAAACCUUUAAAGGAUAAUUGUUUCUGAAUUUGAAGUUGGCUUACAUGGCAGAAGUUGGUGAAAAAUACUGUGAGAGUUAAUUUUGUGAAUAAUAUCUGAGAUUUAUCAAGUUUCAUGUCAUAGUUUUUACAAUGUUAAAUUACUUAUUUAUGAUGGCGAUUAUUAACUAAAUCUCUUUGUGGGAGUGUGUGUGUGAGCAUAUGAGUUAAGUUGAGAGGUAACUCAUCAACGUGGUUCAGUUACAGACACAGCUGUGACACUGGUUUCAUUAUUACAAGCAGAUAGGUAAUGUUAGUCAGGGUCUAGUUGGACUUUCCUUUUCUUUUUCUUUCUAACAAUCUACCUCUCUUUCACUUUCAGCUUUUAAUACUGCUGUCAUUAUAAAUCCUGUAUCCCUUUCUGUGUGUGUGAUCUCUGACUGAGCUGUCUCUCUCUAUUGACUUUUCUUCCCGUAAAUGCUGAUCUAACAUUAGAUCAACAUUUAGUUUCUGUGGCUCCGUACCUCACUACACAAAGAGCCCCUUUUCUCCUUUACUCACCCAGACAAGGUUUGUUUUUCUAAACAUUCUCACAGUUAUACUCAUGCUCAGCUGGGAGCUGUGGUAAGAAGAAGUCUACUGAUGUUGGCUUGAUUACACAAAAACAGAUUAGAGGCUUUACAAUUUAAACGUGUCAGACCAGAGACUGCUGCACAUAGUUCUGCUCAGUGUUAGAGUUCAGGUACCGCCUUCUUUUCUAUCUAGUCUACAGUGUCCUUAUUUCACUCUUUACUGGCGUCUUCUCCUCUGAACUGCUGAAUGACUUCUUGAUUUGUAUUGUAUAGAUAGUUUCUCCUUGGCCUACUUUCUGUUGCACUCUUUUCUGCUGUGUUUGAUGUUUACCUCUAAAUAAAAAUAUUUUCUCUCUC